AUGUGUCGACUACGCAAUCCAUGUGGAGAUCGGUUGAGAAAAAUUGGAAACGUGAAGAUCUGUUUACAAGUAGCCGCUGAGAAAGGCGUUGACGUCGGAGGUAUCAAAGCUGAAGCGGUGGUGGCUGGAUCCAAAGACGUUCUGCUUGAAAUUUUAUGGAAACUUGUGGGAAUCUAUGUGAGUGUUGAUGAUGAGCGCAUGUUGAGACGAGCAUCGCUGUCGCUUGCUCGUAUGAACGACGGUUCAGGUACCCUACAUGGACCUGUUAGCGCAAACGCGAAAGGAGAGGAUCUGGUUCUUCAUGUGUGUAGACAAAUUGGUCUGCACUUUGGAAUCGAGGUGGAUCAGCUUGACGAUCUUCGUGAUGGACGUGUUUUAUCUGGCGCCUGG